GGCUGCCCCGCCGCCGCAGUCGCCUCCUCAUCGGACCAGACUGCGGAUCACACGGGGUGACCUGAGGUGCUCACUGGGGGGUCAAGAAAAAAUGGUGAAAAUCACGACAGUGAAGACCAAGCCGUACACGGACCAGAAGCCCGGGACGAGCGGCCUGAGGAAGAGGGUGACGGUGUUCCAGCAGAACCAGCACUAUGCGGAGAACUUCAUCCAGAGCAUUAUCUCCGUGGUCGAGCCCGCCGAGCGCCAGACGGCCACUCUGGUGGUGGGAGGAGACGGCAGGUUCUUCAUGAAAGACGCCAUUCAGCUGAUCGUUCAGAUCGCAGCUGCCAACGGGAUCAGUCACCUGGUGAUUGGUCAGAAUGGCAUCAUGUCCACCCCAGCAGUCUCCUGUGUGAUCCGCAAGAUAAAGGCAGUUGGUGGAAUCAUCCUCACAGCCAGCCACAACCCAGGCGGCCCCAAUGGAGAUUUUGGCAUCAAGUACAACAUUUCCAGUGGAGGACCUGCUCCAGAGGGCAUUACAAACAAAAUAUUCGAGGUCAGCAAAGGCCUGCAGGAGUAUUUCAUCUGCCCAGAGCUCAAAGUGGAUCUGUCCAAGAUCGGCAAGCAGACCUUUGAAGUGGACACUUUCAAGCCCUUCACAGUGGAGAUUGUGGACUCAGUUGAGGCCUAUGCUGAGAUGCUACGGGGAAUCUUUGACUUUGCCGCACUGAAGGAGCUUCUCUCCGGAGCCAAUCACAUUAAUGUCCGACUGGAUGCUAUGCAUGGAGUGGUUGGCCCUUAUGUGAAGAAGAUCGUGUGUGAAGAACUGGGUUCUCCUGCCAACUCAGCCGUCAACUGCGUCCCCCAGGAGGACUUUGGUGGCCACCACCCAGACCCCAACUUGACCUAUGCAGCCGACCUGGUCAACACAAUGAAAGGUGGAGAAUAUGACUUUGGAGCCGCCUUUGAUGGCGAUGGUGACCGCAACAUGGUGCUGGGUAAACAUGGCUUCUUUGUGAACCCCUCCGACUCUGUGGCUGUCAUUGCUGCUAACAUUACCAGCAUCCCUUACUUCCAGAAGACUGGUGUCAAAGGACUGGCUCGCAGUAUGCCCACCAGUGGAGCCUUGGACAAUGUGGCUAAAGCUCUGCAGAUGCAGCUGUACGAGACUCCAACUGGUUGGAAGUUCUUUGGGAAUCUGAUGGAUGCUGGAAAACUCUCACUGUGUGGAGAGGAAAGCUUCGGCACUGGCUCGGAUCAUAUCCGUGAGAAGGACGGCUUGUGGGCGGUGCUUGCAUGGCUGUCGAUCUUAGCCACCAGGAAACAGAGCGUGGAGGAGAUCAUGAAGGAUCAUUGGCAGAAAUUUGGCAGGAACUUUUUCACCAGGUACGACUACGAGGAGGUUGACUCGGAUGCCGCCAACAAGAUGAUCAAGGAUCUGGAGACAGCAAUGUUCGAUCCUUCCUUUGUAGGAAAGAAGUUCUCUUCAGGCGAUAAGACUUAUGAGGUUGCUAUCGCUGAUAACUUCGCCUACACAGACCCUGUGGAUGGAAGUGUGUCCAAAAACCAGGGUCUCCGGAUCAUCUUUUCUGACGGAUCUAGGAUCAUUUUCCGUCUCAGCGGUACAGGCAGCGCAGGAGCAACCAUCAGGCUCUACAUUGACAGCUAUGAGAAGGACCCGCAGAAAAUUAACCAGGAUCCACAGGUGAUGCUGGCGCCCCUGGUAGACAUUGCCCUCAAAGUCUCUAAGCUCCACGAGAGUACUGGACGCACCGGCCCAACUGUGAUCACAUGAUUCCUCUACCACACUGCCUCCACUCACGCUCAGCAACGGGAUACCUCCGCUCUCUUGGGGGCGAAGCUGCCCCUGAAUGCUGUCUUGGCUUGGGUUGCUGGCCGCCUCAAAGUCAGAGCAGGGUGAAAAACUGAAAGUCAACAUGCACGUUGAAUACAGGAAAAUACAUGAGGAGCUGCUGAUUUUGCCAAAAGUCAUCCACUGCCGUCUUCUAGUGCUAGACUACUGUAAAGUGAGCUAAUAUGCUGUUGCUUCUUCUUGUCUUGACACCUUUCAAGUGACCCAUCUUACAUAAAGACCUGGAGUGCGUUCCAAUAUUCAUACUGCCAUACUAUGUAGUAUGUCCCAAUACACAGUGUGUCAGAAUAGCAGGAUCACCUUCUACAUGUGGUUGCAUUUUGCAGUGUUCAAGCCAGCAUGCUUUUCUAGCUGUUCUGACCCACAGUCCUCUACACAGUGGAAAAUAUCUCACAUAUGUCGGUACAUAUAUACGUGUGUUAACAAGCUGGAGCGGCAGGUAGAUUAAUGAACAAGACGAUCAAGUUGCAACGUUCUGGCUGUGCGUCAUAAAUGAAUGACUUGAGUGUCAGUGUCACAUGUCCAGUAGCACAUGCUCUCACUGUGAUUUAAGGAAAACAAACUUUAAUGACUCAAAAGUGGACUUAAACUGCCUCAUGUAAUUUCUGGAACCGUGUUCAACUGUGUUAUUGUCCAACUGUCUCCCUGCUCUGUCAUUAAAUGGAGAAACUGCCAAACUGGCCAUAGAUCAGCAAUCUGGGGCAACCUCACCCCUUUCCCUCCUCUCCCCCCACCCCUUUAUUGACCUGGUGCCUUCCCCCAACCUCUUUGCUCUAAAACCACCAAAACAGCCUCUCAACUUGAACCACCGUGAAAUUCUUGUGAACUAACAUCCACCAUUAAUAAAAGAACCUUACACAAAA